AUGGAGAUAGCCUUGGUGAGUUUUGAGAACGGCGGCGCGAAGGGUAGCGGUGGCAAUGUCGACGAAAGCUGUCAGAAUGCGCUCGAUCACCCGCAGCCACACUUCGUACAAACUGGACUUGGCGACGACUGCAGCAAGAAGCUGAACACCUGCGGUAGUCCUGGGAAGAGCUUGUGGAAACUCAACGAUAUGAACAACCUUUUCGGCUGCAGCGAAAACGCCAUGGAUGCGCUUUUACGCGCGGACCACAGUCCCCAUCUGUUCGACGAGGACAUGUUGGACAUGGACAUGGAGACAGACAGCAACGAGAGAGUGCUGAUAAACAUUGCUGGACUGAGGUACGAGACACAGCUGGGAACCCUGAAUCAGUUCCCCGACACUUUAUUGGGAGACCCCGCUAAAAGAAUAAAAUACUUUGAUCCUCUCAGGAACGAGUACUUUUUCGACCGCAACAGGCCAAGUUUUGAUGGAAUAUUAUAUUUCUAUCAGUCGGGUGGGAAGAUUCGGAGACCCGUCAAUGUGUCAAUCGAUGUGUUUGCAGACGAGAUCAGGUUUUAUCAGCUGGGUGAGGAGGCUAUGGAGAGGUUCCGUGAGGAUGAGGGUUUUAUUAAAGAAGAAGAAAAACCAUUGCCUCAAAAUGAAUUUCAAAAGCAGGUUUGGCUUAUAUUUGAGUACCCGGAGAGCUCGAGUCCCGCAAGAGGCAUCGCUAUCGUUUCUGUGAUUGUAAUUACCAUAUCCAUCAUUACAUUCUGCCUGGAAACGUUGCCAGAGUUCAGGGAUGAACGAGAGCUCCCGGUCACCAGCCGACCCGACAACAGCACCACAGUCCGGCCAUCGCUCACCUUCACGGACCCGUUCUUCAUCAUAGAAACUACUUGUGUAAUAUGGUUCACUUUUGAACUCAUCGUGCGAUUCUUCGCAUGUCCAAGUAAGUCCGAGUUUUCUAAAACCAUCAUGAACAUCAUAGACAUCAUGUCCAUCAUGCCUUACUUCAUCACAGUGGGCACGGAGCUGGCGGAGCAGCAGGGCCAGGAGCACCAGAACGGGCAGCAGGCCAUGUCUCUGGCCAUACUAAGAGUCAUUCGCUUGGUGCGAGUGUUUCGAAUCUUCAAGCUGUCCAGACAUUCCAAAGGACUCCAGAUUCUGGGACAGACGCUCAAGGCCAGCAUGAGAGAGCUGGGCCUCUUAAUCUUCUUCCUCUUCAUCGGAGUGAUUCUGUUCUCCAGCGCCGUUUACUUCGCAGAGGCGGACGAGCCGGAAUCCCAUUUCUCCAGCAUUCCCGAUGCCUUCUGGUGGGCCGUGGUCACCAUGACAACUGUGGGUUACGGGGAUAUGAGGCCGGUGACAGUAGGCGGGAAGAUCGUGGGCUCCCUCUGUGCCAUUGCCGGCGUGCUGACCAUCGCGCUGCCGGUGCCGGUCAUUGUAUCUAACUUCAACUACUUCUAUCACAGGGAGACGGACCAGGACCAGUCGUCGCUGAAAGAUGAGCCCAACAGUGGCCGCGCGAGCCCCGAAUCAAAACGGAAGGGCAGCAAAUCAUCGACUAAGUCAGACGAGGUGGAAAAUAAAGACGGGGCCACCUCCGCGGAAAAGGCCAACGUCAAGGCAAACAGCAGCAUGGACAUAAAGAGAUCCCUUUACGCGUUCUGCCUGGAUACGAGGGAAAUUGACCUAUAG